CGUGACCUUACAUCAAGGAAGUCGAGGCCUCGGAAGUCUGCAAGUUUUUCGUAAAUUUCUAUAUUUUGCAGUGUUUUGCCAGAUAAAUUAAAAAAGAUUAAGAUUGACAUUCAACAAUGUGAAAAUGUUACCUUAAUAAGACGAAGUAAACAAUGGCUUCAUAUAGCUCAAAACUAUCAGAGAAGAAAUACAAUAACUGGGUUAAAGCACAGUUAGCAGUGCUGUUUACUAAAGACGGACUUGAACCUUUUGUAUGUCAUGAAGUUCAAGAAUUCCGUUUGAAAUGUUUAGAUCAUAUUUGCUACAACAAUGGAUUGAUGAGUGGAACUUUGUGUUCAAAUUGCUGUACAGAAAAUGUUAUCAAAUGUCCAACAAAUAGAAUAUGUAAUGUUGGACGUGGAAGAUGCAGUUAUCAUCGAAAUGCUGCAACAAGGUAUAAUCCUGCUGGCUGCCCUAACAAGAUAUGCCAUAAUUUCACAACAGAGAUACAGAAUGCACAUAGGUACUAUGGUCCAUCCUACAAGAACACAGAUGCUACCCAAUGGUGCAGUAAUACUUGGGAGAUAGCGAAAUGUUUCAUGCCCCCAGAUGGAUAUAAAGAUGUAGUUUGUGCACAAGAAACAGACUUCAAUGGCAUCAUCAGCGUUAUCAUUAAUUACAAAGACCUUCAGUUGAAAGUACAUGAAAACCUAGGCAACAAGAACAACAUUUUUGAGCAGGCAAGAGAAAUUGGUAGAAAUUUGAGGCAUUCACCAACGUUAGAGGUAGAAGAUACAGAUCUUCAUCAAUACUUCAUAGUAUUUCAACAACUUCUUUCUGAUGCUGGAUAUUUAGCUACAGACGUGCACGCACAAAAUGCCAAACAGAAGCUGAUAGAUUUAGAAAAUGACACCAUGGUCAUUGGAAAAGAUGACAUAAGGAAAGUACUAGAUGAUGUUGCAAAAGCAGCUCGUGACACUAUAAGAGUAGAAAAAGAUGACCUAAAAAGGACGUCUGAGACUGUAAAAGAAGAUAUGAUUAAGAGAAGAAAAAAUAGCGUCAAACACAUAGAAAAGGCAAGAGACAAUUCAGUUCUAAUAAUGCAUCAAAAGAAAGAGGACAUUGAGGAAAAGGUAAAAACACAAAGCAAGAGAAUAACAGAAGAAUGUGAAAGAGCAGUUGAAAUUAUCAAAGAAGAGGGAGAUAAAGGGAGAAAUGAUUUAGCCAAUUUAGUAGAGACUGUAGAAAAAACACUCUACACAAGGAUUACGGACGACAAGAAGAAACAGUACAAUGAUAAUAAACAGAAACUGAAGGAUGAACUUAUAACAUGGUACAACACCAAUCAGAGUACAGUUUAUCUUUCACCACUCACAGAUGCUUUCCCUACCCCUCUUGCUGGGUUCUACAUUAUGCCAGAAAUUGACAUACAGACAUAUCUGCCAGGUGGUAGGAAAGAAACAACUAGAGUCAAGUCAUUACAGGACCUGUUUACAUCUGGCAGGAAAGUUCCACGGGAAAUAUAUUUAUCAGCUGUCGCUGGAUUUGGGAAAACAGCAUUUUCAAAAUAUCUCGCUAUAACAUGGUGUCAAGCUCAUAAAAAGGAUGAAAAUUAUAAAAAUUUUAAAGAAGAAGAGUUGCAAGCGUUAUCUGGCUUUGAGUUUUUAUUUCUAGUGAUAUUGAGAGAUUCAGCUAAAGUCUGUGAUGUUGACGACAUGAUUGAACAACAAGUCAUACAAAAUCUUCCGUGCUCAUCUUCAAUGGCGGAUGGUCUGUUAAAGGACAUUUUACAUAAUGAAAAAUGUCUCGUUAUAUUAGAUGGACUAGAUGAAUGGUUACAUCCUGUCAAUGAUUGUACAAGAGUUCCUAAAAGUAUUCCGCAUCGAUAUGCACGUGAAAAGUGUGUAAUCUUGACAACGACCCGGCCAUGGAAGCUUGGAGUCUCAAACUUAAAGACAAGUCAAAUGGACAAAACAGUAGAGCUAGUUAAACUAAACAAAGCUAAUGCUGGGCAGUUUAAGCUUAAUGCACUGAAAAUGUUGAAUGUAAACCUUCUAGAUGGUGAACUGAAAAAUGAAGUGGGUAGAUUUGAAGAAGAAAUCAGUGACCAUGACCUUGAAGAUAUGGAAUCCACCCCUCUCCUGUUACUCUAUCUUAUAUGCUUAUGGGUUGAAAAAAUUCCAAUAGGAAAUUCUGCAGUAGAACUAUAUACAGGCAUUAUUCAGCUCUUUCUAUCCAGAACAGAACAGUUACAUGGAAAGUUUCAUUCAUCAUAUGUAACAUCCCCUAGUAAUGUUCCUGAAUGUUUCAGAAAACAUCAACAUUUCUGUCGUUACUACACAUUUCUAAAGACCAUUGGAAAACUAGCUGUUUAUACAUUGUUCAGUAAGAAAAAAGAGCACACAUUAGUUUUUGAUAAAAAUGUUGUUGAAAUAUAUCUUAACGAAGAAGAUUUGAAAUCAAGCUGUCUAUCAGGAAUAUUAUCAGAAAGUAAAGUGAAAGCAUUAAUAAAUGAAAGUUCUAAAAUCUCAUUUUCACAUAAAACAGUGCAGGAAUACUUUUCAGCAAUGUUUAUAAGUUUUCAGAAUACGAAUGAAGUUCAGAAAAUCAUCUUUGAAGAGUGCAACUGUUUACAAAAUAUUCUAGAUAUGUCAAAAGUGUUUGGCUUUAUUAGUUACAUGAACCCUAAAUUAAUGUCUACAAUAUCAAGUGAUUUGAUGCCUGUGAUAAACAAUGAUGAAAAAACAAGCAAAUACAGAACUUUGACAUAUUAUGAUCCCAUGUACAUUGAUCCAUUACAAGACAUACAAGACAUGUGCAUUUCUUGUGCCAAAGAAAGCCAGGAAAACAAAGACCUCAAAUUGUGUUUACAAGAUUUCUUCAUUAAUGAAAAAUGUCAACAAGAAAACUACUUCAAACAAUUACAACAUCUAUGUCAACAAAAUAAAGAAAAUAUAAAAUCAAUAAUGAUAGAAAAUAAAGGUAUUUGUAGUGUACAAGAAAUAAUCAAUUUGUUUACAUUCUCUGACCUUCCACAUAUAGAGAAAUUAUACUAUAGAGGUGAAAUUGUAGAAGAGGAAAUAAUGAGCUUGUUAUUGAACCCUUUAAAAUGUUUAACUGUGAUAUCAAGUAAAUGGGAAAAUCAUAAAUUUGUAGGAAAACGUUGCCAGCUGUCUGCAGAGAUAAAUGGACGACUGGUAAAAUUACAACACCUGGAGUGUUUAUAUAUAAACUGUUUCACUAUGACCCACGAGGUAAUGGAGACAUUGUUAAAUUUCCUCACUAGUAAAAAAUCAAUGAAAGAAAUAACAUUGUACAAUUUAUACUGUAGUGAUCAUGAUACUUCAUGUAGGGGAUUCAACCUUGACCUGUCUCAACAUUCACAACUAAGAGGUUUAGGAUUGGCCCAGAUACCUGUGUCACAAUUAAACAUGGAUGUAUCGUUGUUAGAGGAAUGUCGUGUAGGUAAAUUAUAUAAACCUGGUGUUGUGUCAUCUUAUCUCAGUCAACUACCAGCAGCCAGUAAACUACAAACAUUUCAGUGUGGUGAUCUAGAAUCUUCCAGUGACAUAGAAACAAUGUUACAAACAUUAUCAUUGUUAUAUCAUGUGAAAGAUGUUAGGUUUGGUAAAAUCAAUCUAGGUGAAAGAUCAUUAACACUGUCACCUCAAAUUAUCAAUAUUGAACAUGUUGAGUUGUAUGAUAUAACAAUGUCUUGUUCAGUGUUAUAUGAUCUUAUUACUGUUAUAAACAAACUACCACAUACAGUGACAGUACAGAUGGCAGGUUGUGAUAUAAAACCAGAAACAGAAUUUAAAAACUUUAAAACAUUUAUAAAACAAUCAGACAAUUUUGUUGUCACCGGUGAUGGCACCUUGAAGUCUGGAAAGUACAUGUUUAGGUUUAAAACAACAACAAGUACUGAGUAACCUUAAAUGAACUUGGGAGAAACAAUUUAUAAAUAGAUUAUGAGACAAGUGACAGGUGAAAUAGACAUCAUUUUUUAUUUUUGGAAUAGACAGUUUGAUAAUCAAUACUAAGGAAUAUGAACAUAUGAAUGGAAAUUGAAGAUUGUCUUCCUGGGAAAUAACAUUGAUUGAUGUUGAUAAACAACAAAAAUCCGGGAGGAACAAGGAUCACAUUUACGGGAAACUUGGGUCGCUCAAGGUGUAAACAAUGGCUUCCAUUUUCCACUAAACAUAGAACAAAACGUAUCUUUAGUAACUCAAACGGAAGUAGGAUAAGAGCAACUACAGUAACGUUGUAUAUUUGUAUGAUAUUGGAAUCUUGAUUUAACAAAAUAGUGAAUCAUGUUCAGGAAUGACACUGAUCCUGCAGUGCUGUUGCAAUCCUGUCAGCAAUUUAUUACUUUUAACAUGUCUAUCAUUGAGGAACUAAAUAUGCAAAGAAUUCUAGUCAUAGUGAUAAUGCUUAGUGUUCGAACUUGUUUGAACCACAACUCUUCAGCAUAGAAUCUUAAUAUUAGACAUUCAUUGGCCAUAUAAAUCACGACCCAUAGCAUAAAAUCUAGUAACGCUAAAUGUGACCACAUGACUUUCUGGAAUUGUGUGAGCAGUUGAUAUCCAUUACCAUUACUUCCAUUAAAGUGACAUUAUGUCCAUCCAAGGGUAUAAAGUGAUUGAACAGGUGAAUAUUAAAAUAAGUUUUCUUUUUACCAUAACUCCUUUUAAUUUAAUAAUUUACUUCCCAUAAAUAAUAAAUAAUGCACAGAUCCAAAUAAAUUUCUUCAUAUAUCUAUUAGAAUUUACCUAUAACGCUCAGUUUAUAAAAAGUUUGGGGCAGUCUUUUUAUAUUUUAGGCAGAUUUAUAAUUUUAUCCUGAACGUUUUCCAAUAUCAACUCUUGGUCAAACACCAUUUUAACAAUCAAUCUUUUGAAAUAUAAAGUCAAAUCAGCUCAACUUGACUAUGAAAAUAUGAGCAUAAUGUCACUUUAAAUAAAACAUUAUUGCGUGAUGAUAUUCAUUACCAUUUUAGAUGGUAAUUUGCAUCUUUCAUACUCAGGGAAAACGAUAUCUUUGACAAUGAUUAUGUAAACAAAUUGUUGUUGUUGUGACUCAGUGACUUUGUUUGUUUGCUUCUUAGUACCAUGUUAAGUUUUUGCUUCGGUUUUUAUACAUUUAUGCAUAUUUUAUUACCUUAUAGGAACUGUAUAAAAUACAUUUUAGAUGGUAAUUUGAAUAUUAUAGACUUGAAAUUGCAUAUCAAUGUUUUUAAUUGUAUCAGAUGAUAUAGUUUAUGCAUGGACACAUUUUACCAUAUAUUAUAAUUUUGAGUCUUGUGAGUCUAUCAAAGCAAUGAUCAUAUAAAUAUUCUCAAAAUUUAAAGGCUACUAUAACUGCAUGCUAUAUAAGACAAUGAUUUUUGAAUAGGUUAGAUUGACUAACUAUAUGUUUAUAUGGGAAGUACAGAUAUGUUUUAUUUUAUCAAGCUGUGCCUCCAGGUUCAAGAAAAUCAAACUUGAGAAAAAAAUGUACCAAUGUUUAAUUUUUUUAAAUAAAUUCAAGUAGUGAUUUAUGUGUAAUGCACAAUUUAUGACUGAUUUUUAGUAUUUAUCACCUUAUUACUUAUAUGGCAUGUUCUGGUCUCCUUUUGGUAAAGUCUGUGGAUUUUAUGUGCCGCUUGCAAUGUGUUAAUUACUUUCUUUGUUCCCUACAAAAUAUUUUACUUUUAAAUAGAUUUUCAAAAUUUCAUGAAAAUAUGAAGGCAUGCUGCUUUAAGAGGCAUUAUUGUCUUUUGUAUAAUUUAAGAGUUUUUGCCCUUUGAAAUUUUUCAUUUACUUAACAUUGUCAGGAUCAUCACUCAAAAUGUAUUUGCGGUGUCAACUUUAGACUUCAUAUAUGGAUUAAAUCUUUUUUUU